AUGCCUGAACAUCGAAGGUUCCUACGUUUUUUCUGGUAUAAGGAGAACAAUCCUGAACUUUCGCUCAUAGAGUACCAGAUGAGAGUCCAUGUAUUUGGUAACCGGCCUUCGCCUGCGGUAGCCACAUACGGAUUGCGAUAUGCUGUGCGAGGUGCAGAUAAGGAUGUUCGGGAACAUGUACACAGGGACUUCUAUGUGGACGACGCUUUUAUCUCACUUCCUUCUCGGGAGAAGGCCAUCAGUCUUCUAGCACGGACCCAGAAGGUUCUUCAGGAUGAAGGUGACAUAAGGCUUCACAAGAUAGCCUCAAAUGACAUUGAGAUCAUGAACGAGUUCCCAAAGGAGGAUCUUAGUAAGGACCUUAAGGAUCUAAAUUUCGAGGAAGACAACUUACCUCAACAACAGAGUCUUGGAUUGAAAUGGGACCUACAUUCAGAUGUGUUCCAGUUCUCAGCCCCUGAGACACAGAGACCCUUUUCGAGACCGGGGUUACUUUCAGCCAUGAACUCUGUAUAUGACCCAUUGGGUUUUCUAGCCCCUUUCUCAGUCAGUGGGAAAAUGCUACUUAGAGAAGUUUGUGCCAAGGGAGUCUGCUGGGACGAGGAGCUACCGGCACAUUUUUUAGAGCCAUGGAAUGCCUGGAAUGAUGCUCUCGGUCAGUUGAACGGUUAUGAGGUACCUAGAAUGUUUAUCAAGUCAUCAUUUAGUACAUUGGAGAACUUUAUGGUGUACAUCUACUCAGAUGCGUCCGAAAAGGGCAUAGCUGCUGUGGCCUAUCUUAUAGCAGAUAUGGAGGACAGGAAGGAUAUGGGAUUCAUCAUGGGAAAAGCUAAGGUAGCUCCAAAUAGUGGACACAGUAUACCGAGGCUUGAACUUUGUGGAGCAGUGCUCGGUAUUGAGCUCGGUCAGUGUAUUUCCGAACAUUUAGACAUAAUGCCUUCCGCGAUUAGGUAUUUCAUGGAUAGCAAGGUAGUUCUUGGCUACAUACACAAUAGGACACGCAGAUUCUACACUUAUGUUAGCAAUAGAGUUGCACGUAUACAUGACUUUUCGGAACCAGAUCAGUGGAGUUAUGUUCCGACAAACCUCAAUCCGGCCGACGCGGCUACUCGACCAUCCUUACAGGAUGUGAUUUCAGCUCUGGCUAAAUGGCACCUUCAAGGACCUGACUAA